UGCACGAAUCAUAUUCUUACUUUUAAGACAACAGAGGCGAGUUCUGAAAGAGUCAGACGACGGCAGAAGUCACAAACAUAAAAAAAAAUCACGGAUCCGAUGAUGGGGAAAAAUCAUACCGGUGGAGAGAUCGUUGUUCCGGGGCCAUCACCUUUUGAUGGCUUGCCGGAGGAUUGCAUCUCGAACAUAAUCUCUUUCACAAGUCCACGAGACGCUUGCGUCGCUGCAUCAGUUUCGAAGACCUUUGAAUCGGCUGCUAAUUCCGAUAACGUAUGGGACAAGUUUCUUCCUUGGGACUAUUCCUCUCUGAUUCCUCCAUCGCCAGUUCUCGCAUCGAAGAAGGAGCUUUAUCUCGCUCUCUGUCACAAUCCUGUUCUAAUCGAAGAUGGCAAAAAGAGCUUUUGGUUAGAAAAAGCGAGUGGGAAAAGGUGUAUCAUGUUAUCUUCAAAGGAACUUUGGAUCACAUGGGGAAGUAGUCCUCAGUAUUGGCAAUGGAUUUCAAUUCCUGAAGCUAGAUUUGAAAAAGUAGCGGAGCUACUUGAUGUAUGUUGGUUUGAGGUUCGUGGCAAGACGAGAACUCGUGAGCUAUCUCCUGGAACUCGAUACUCGGCUUACAUUGUGUUCAAGACGAAAGAUCAAUGUCCUGGAUUAGGACAUUUGCCGGUAGAAGUUGGACUUGGUUUGGUUGGACAAGAAACAUCUAAAAGAUUCAUAUAUUUUGUUGGACCUCGGGCACGAAGGGGAGGGAGAGAAACGGGAGAUGUAAUGAAACCGGAGGAACGAGAAGAUGGGUGGAUGGAAGCUGAGCUUGGUGAAUUCUUCAACGAAGCAAGUUGUGAUGAAGUUGAGCAGAGUGUUAUUGAGACUAAGUCUCCUUAUUGGAAACGUGGUUUGAUCAUCCAAGGAAUCGAACUCCGCCCUACAAAAAACCCUUAAAAGCAAGAACCGAUGCGAUUCCGGUUUAUGUUUGUUUGCUUCAUGAGUUCUAUAUCUAAGCAAGUCAUGAUAAACUUUGUUGUAUUGUAACAUGAACCUCUUUUAACAUUUUGGAUUGUAAUGUGUGGGAACUUGAGAAGGACUAAGAGAAGUACUUUUAUUUUGUUUGGGUGUUGUAAUGUUUGAUUUUUUGUUCAUGCAUCAUCAUCAGUACAUGAACAAAUAUCACAUAAAGAAAAUGUAUUUAUUUUCUUCUUAUC